AUGGAUGCCGAUGUCGAUCACAUCGACAUCGAUGAUGAUGAUGGUGACGACGAUGCUGGUAUAUUCAGCAUCGCCAAUGACUGCCAAAAUGAGGACGAUUACGCCCUCACUGGACACGACAACGUCCUUUUAGCAGUGUACACAAAGCGCACUGCUGUAAACAAGGAUGAAUCAGCAGAGGAAUUUCUGAUGACUCGCGAAGAGGUUGUCCGCUUCGCUCAAGACUAUGCUGCAGAUGCAAUGGAUAAACAGAAAAUUAACGCGGACAAGCAUGGAAGAGCAAGUGUUCUUUCACUGAAUGGAAAAACCUAG